AUGCCUUUUACAGGGACGGCGUGGUUACAAGAUGUACGGAAAGAGACGUUGCGACGACUUCUCGUAGAAUUGAAAGUGGCGGACGUUGACCCAGAGACGAAGACGCUGGAGGAGUUAUGUCAACGAGCACGAAAGCGUUUUGGAAAACGUGGCACCAGAAUAGACUCCGCGCUGCAAGCACCAGAGGAGACUCCGCGCUGGAGGCACCAGAGGAGACUCCGUGCUGCAUGCACCAGAGGAGACUCCGUGCUGCAAGCACCAGAGGAGACUCCGCGCUACAGGCACCAGAGGAGACUCCGCGCUGCAGGCACCAGAGGAGACUCCGCGCUGGAGGCACCAGAAGAGACUCCGCGCUGCAAACACCAGAGGAGACUCCGCGCUGCAAGCACCAGAGGAGACUCCGCGCUGCAGGCACCAGAGGUGACUCCGCGCUGCAAGCACCAGAGCACCAGAGGAGACUCCGCACUGCAGGCACCAGAGGUGACUCCGCGCUGCAAGCACCAGAGGAGACUCCGCUCUGAAAGCACUAGAGGAGACUCCGCGCUGCAAACACCAUAUGUGACUCCGCGCUGCAAGCACCAGAGGAGACUCCGCGCUGCAAACACCAGAGGAGACUCCGCGCUGCAAUUACUAGAGGAUACUCCGCGCUGCAAGCUCCAGAGGAGGCUCCGCGCUGCAACACCAGAGGUGACUCCGCGCUGCAAACACCAGAGGAGACUACGCGCUGCAAGCACCAGAGGAGACUCCGCGCUGCAUGCACCAGAGGAGACUCCGCGCUGCAAGCACCAGAGGAGACUCCGCGCUGCAGGCACCAGAGGAGACUCCGCGCUGGAGGCACCAGAGGAGACUCCGCGCUGCAAGCACCGGAGGAGACUCCGCGCUGCAAGCACCGGAGGAGACUCCGCGCUGCAAGCACCGGAGGAGACUCCGCGCUGCAAGCACCGGAGGAGACUCCGCGCUGCAAGCACCAGAGGUGACUCCGCACUGCAAGCACCAGAGGUGACUCCGUGCUGGAGGCACCAGAGGAGACUCCGCGCUGCAGGCACCAGAGGAGACUCCGCGAUGGAGGCACCAGAGGAGACUCCGCGCUGCAAGCUCCAGAGGAGACUACGCGCUGCAAGAACCAGAGGAGACUCCGUGCUGCAUGCACCAGAGGAGACUCCGCGCUGCAAGCACCAGAGGAGACUCCGGGCUGCAGGCACCAGAGGAGACUCCGCGCUGGAGGCACGAGAGGAGACUCCGCGCUGCAAGCACCAGAGGAGACUCCGCGCUGGAGGCACCAGAGGAGACUCCGCGCUGCAGGCACCAGAGGAGACUCUGCGCUGCAAACACCAAAGGAGACUCCGCGCUGCAGGCACCAGAGGAGACUCCGCGCUGCAAACACCAGAGGAGACUCCGCGCUGCAAACACCAGAAAAGACUUCGCGCUGCAAGCACCAGACGAUACUCCGCGCUGCAAGCACCAGAGGAGACUCCGCGCUGGAGGCACCAGAGGAGACUCCGCGCUGCAAACACCAGAGGAGACUCCGCGCUGCAAGCACCAAAGGAGACUCCGCGCUGCAAACACCAGAGGAGACUCCGCGCUGCAGGCACCAGAGGUGACUCCGCGCUGCAAGCACCAGAGGAGACUCCGCGCUGCAAGCACCAGAGGAGACUCCGCGCUGCAAGCACCAGAGGAGACUCCGCGCUGCAGGCACCAGAGGAGACUCCGCGCUGCAAGCACCAUAUCACCAGAGGAGACUCCGCGCUGCAAGCACCAGGGGAGACUCCGCGCUGCAGGCACCAGAGGAGACUCCGCGCUGCAAGCACCAUAUGUGACUCCGCACUGCAAGCACCAGAGGAGACUCCGCGCUGCAGGCACCAGAGGAGACUCCGCGCUGCAGGCACCAGAGGAGACUCCGCGCUGCAAGCACCAGAGGAGACUCCGCGCUGCAAGCACCAGAGGAGACUCCGCGCUGCAAGCACCAGAGGAGACUCCGCGCUGGAGGCACCAGAGGAGACUCCGCGCUGCAGGCACCAGAGAAGACUCCGCGCUGCAAGCACCAGAGGAGACUCCGCGCUGCAAGCACCAGAGGUGACUCCGCGCUGCAAGCACCAGAGGAGACUCCGCGCUGCAAGCACCAGAGGUGACUCCGCGCUGCAAGCACCAGAGGAGACUCCGCGCUGCAAGCACCAGAGGAGACUCCGCGCUGCAAGCACCAGAGGAGACUCCGCGCUGCAAGCUCCAGAGGAGACUCCGCGCCUGAAGCGCUAG